AGAGAAUGGUUGCAUGAUUGCUAUUCCGGACCCAAUCCAGAAGUAUUGGCAUUGUAAAGUAGAUUUCCCAUUCUCAUGCCAGUCUCCUUGUCUGGCCACGGUGCACAUGAGGCCUGAUAAACUGCGAAGUGCAGGGUCUGUUGUCUCUAAUGCAGAUGGCAGUGCAGGGCUGUGGCAGCUUGACCUGACCCUAGCCAGGCUGCAUUUCACCCAUCACCCCCUGUUUAGCACAGAGCAUGUGUUGGCUCAGAGACUGUAUGAGCUCUAUGAGCAUUAUGAAACCCGUGAGAUGAAGGGUGCAACUACCUCUCUGCAGGACAAGCUAAGCGGGCUGAAGAAGUCAGAAACAGCCUUGACCACCACUGAUGAAACUGCUCCUUGCUCAAAGUUACAGGAUCUGAGACAACAAAUACGAAAGACCCAUGUAGCACUGAAGAUUGAGAGGCAGGCAGACAUCUCUCUGGUGAGGAACAUUGUUGCUGCUUGGAAGCGCAUCAAAACCCUCAGGGCCAAGAACGGCUAUGUGAACACCACUGUGAAAUUACAGCUGCAUAAAGUGAAGGCAAGGAUCACUGACAGCACGACAAACCGAACUGGGACAGAUGAGCACAUGAAAGCAAGUGUCUUCUCUCUUGACAAUCUCUUAACAUAACUGUUAUUAAUAAACUAUAGCCGUACUGU